CGAAACGUUGUGAUCCCUGAUGCUCCUCCAGGUUUCGUCGAGUACCAAAUCAUCUGCCCUAAACCCCCGCCACACUCCACCACUCCCCCUCCCCUCCUCCCUCUCUCUCUCUCUCUCUCUCUGUUCGUCACUGCUCUGAACGUUCAAUUCACGCCCCGUCUCGCUCCUGCGCACUCCCGGGCGCUGCCAAAACAUCUCCAGAGUGAAGAUUUUUGUACCCAUUUGCAAUUUCUCCUUCUUCCUGCUCAAAUGGAUCGCCUCCAAGGUUCUAGCUUUCCCUCUAAAAUCCAAAAUUUCCAUCAAAAUUAUGCAUUUUUUUUUUAUUUUCCCAUUGGCCCAAUUUUGUUCGUUGUAAUUUAUGAUUGAAUUGGUGAUUUAUAGCAUUUUGGUUUUAAUUUAAGCAAUAGAGAAAGAAAAAUAAAUUCAUAGUUCCAUGUGAAAAAAUGGAGUUUGAACCGUUGAGCUUGGGCAAUGAUGAUGUUCUUGAAUUCGACAUGAUGGGUCUGGGUUAUAUUGACCAACCUGUUGACCAUGAUGACCUCCUUCAUGAUUCUCCUGCCACUGCUAUUCCCACUCCUACUGGUUCCGAUGUUGUCAGUAGCGUUGCUGUUUUGGAGCAUUACAUCCCGGAAGGAGACAGUAGCCUUGAACCCUGUGAGGGGAUGGAAUUCGAAUCCGAGGAGGCUGCCAAGGCCUUUUACAAUUCCUAUGCUCGCCGCAUUGGCUUCAGUACUCGUGUCAGCAUGUCUCGUCGCUCCAGGCGCGAUGGCGCCAUCAUUCAGCGGUCUUUUGUUUGCGCCAAGGAGGGAUUUCGUGUCAACAAGAAUGGGAAGUCUGGGUCUGACUGCGAAGGGCGGGCCAAGCGCCCCCGAGCAGAGACCCGAGUUGGUUGUAAGGCCAUGUUGGUAAUAAAGGUUCACGACUCUGGGAGAUGGGUUGUGUCUGCUUUUGUUAAGGAGCAUAAUCAUGAGCUCGUUCCACCUGAUAAGGUGCACUCCCUUCGCUCUCAUCGUCAUGUAUCGGGUUCUGCAAAGUCUUUGAUUGAUACCUUGCAGGGUGCUGGGAUCGGCCCCAGAGGAAUUAUGUCUGCCCUCAUCAAAGAAUAUGGUGGUAUUAGGAAUGUUGGCUUCACGGAGCGUGACUGCAGGAAUUACAUGAGGAGUUGUAAGCAAAGGACCCUUGGAGGCGACACUCAGCUGCUCUUGGAUUACUUGAAGGACAGGCAAGCUAAGGACCCAGCAUUCUUCUUUGCUGUGCAGGGAGAUGAAGAUCAGUGCAUGGGCAAUUUCUUCUGGGUUGAUCGUAAGGCAAGGAAUGACUAUACUUACUUUGGUGACACUGUUACCUUUGACACAACUUACAGGUCAAACCGCUAUCGGUUGCCUUUUGCACCUUUCACAGGGGUUAACCAUCAUGGACAGCCUGUAUUUUUUGGAUGCGCCCUCCUGAUAAAUGAAUCUGAGGCAUCGUUUCUGUGGCUUUUCAAAACAUGGCUCAUGGCAAUGUCUGGCCAGCCUCCACUGUCAAUUACGACUGAUCAUGAUCGGGUGAUUACCAUGGCCAUUACCCAGGUUUUCCCCGAGACUCGACACCGCUUCUGCAAGUGGCACAUAUUUAAAGAAUGCCAAGAGAAGUUGUCCUCUGUGCUUUGUGAGCAUUCCAACUUUGAAGCAGAGCUUCAUAAAUGUGUCAACCUGAGUGAAUCAAUUGAAGAGUUCGAGUCUUGUUGGCUGUCCCUAACUCGUAAAUAUGAUCUCGGGGAGCAUAAAUGGCUUCAAUCGAUGUAUGCUGAUCGGCAGCAGUGGGUCCCUGUGUACCUGAGGGGCACCUUCUUUGCGGAAAUGUCGGUAACACAGUGCAGUGAUAGCAUGAACUCUUAUUUUGAUGGAUAUGUCAAUGCAUCAACAACUCUACAGCUGUUUGUUAAGCAGUAUGAGAAAGCUGUUGAAAGUCGGUAUGAGAAAGAGGUGAGGGCAGAUUAUGAUACCAUAAACACUGCUCCGGUUCUUAAGACCCCUUCGCCCAUGGAGAAACAGGCAGCUGGGCUUUACACGAGGAAAUUGUUUACGAAAUUUCAAGAGGAGUUGGUUGAGACGUUAACAUUUUUGGCAACGAAGGUUGAGGACGAGGAGGCAGGAUCCAUUUUUCAAGUUGCUAAAUUUGGGGAAAGUCAUAAAGCUUAUACGGUUAGAUUUAACGUUCAUGAGAUGAAAGCAUUUUGUAGUUGCCAGAUGUUUGAGUUUUCUGGCCUUCUUUGCGCACACAUCUUGACAGUUUUUAGGGUGACAAAUGUUCUCACUCUGCCAUCUCAUUUCAUUCUGAAGCGUUGGACGAGGAAUGCCAAGAGUGGUGUCAUAUUGGAGGAACAUGCCGGCGAUUUGUUGAAUAAGCCACAAGAAUCUCUAACAGUACGGUACAAUAAUCUGCGGCAUGAGGCACUUAGAUAUGUUGACGAAGGGAUUACAACUGCUGAAAUUUAUAAUGUGGCAAUGGAUGCCCUUCAAGUGGCUGCAAAUAAAGUUGCCACUGAAAUGCAGAACGGCGGGAGAGCGGCCGCAACUAAUACAGCUGGAAGAGAAAAUGGGUUUCGUUUGGGAAAUCAAUCAAACAAUACCUUCGGUGAUCAUAAACGGGGUUUUGAAACUCUAUCUGCGGAUCACCAGGACAAGAAAAUGCAGAAACUAGAGCGUCAACUCGAGCGCGCACGACGGAAAUGUGAAUCGUAUAGAGCUAACUUGCUAUCGGUUUUGAAAGAUAUUGAGGAGCAAAAGUUAGAGCUCUCUGUUAAAGUUGAAAACAUUAAGUUGAGAAUGAAAGAGUAGUGUUCAAUGUUC